AAAACCUAACAGAGAUUAACAAAAACUAUUAGUUUACCACUAAAAUCACAAUUUUCACGUUUGUCAAAAUGUCUAAAACUACUAUUUUUAUUUUAGGUGUCGUGAGUUGUCUUGUAGCACAUACUCAAUGUGAGGAUAGAAUAGCAUGCCCAUCCAUGAGUAACCCAGGAAACUUGCGGAAUGACGAAAUAAUCUCAAAGAAUUUUUUUGAAUCAAUACAUGUACGUUAUCCUUCCACUGGUAAUCUAUUUACUUCAAAGAUUACGUGUAUACUGAUAACAGACCUCAACAAAGGCCCUAGCCAACCAGUUAUUACUGGAGGUGUUGGGUUUGAGUAUGUGGAAGUUGAUAUUACUCCUGGAUUACUAGAAAAAUUAAACUACCAAAUUCAAGUUUACACAGCACUACCAUGACCUACGUCCGAUUAAGUUCAUUUUUAGAAUAUGUUGUACAACAAUAUGGCGCAUUUUAUUUAUUCACUUUAAUAUUCAAAUUUGUCUAGAUUACACAAAAAAAGUAUAA